AUGGCCGAAAAGGGUGAAGGCCUCACCAGGAGCAGGAACCGAGACCUGUUCUGGAGGUUUGUGAACUACUUAAAGGAUUACUGCGCCAAUUGUACGUUGGUCGGCUUCGCCUACAUUGCCAACUCCAGGCUGCAUUUCACGGAGCGCAUCUUUUGGCUAUUUUGUGUCAUGCUUUCCACCAUGGGUUGCUAUUACCUGAUCUAUGACUAUCAGCGCAGCUUUCCCACUCGUGCCGCCAGCAUCGUUUACGAGAGUCUGCCGCCAUUUUCCAAAUGGAAAUUCCCCACAAUCAGCUUGUGUGAAGUUGUCUACAAGUAUGAGUUGACCCAAGAAGUGGAGGACUACAUUCGCAGUUUGGGUGGCGAUGUCGAUGGGGACUAUAACUUUGAAGUAGAGUCCCAUAUAGCAUACAUUCUGUUUCCACAUCAGUACCACGAGGGCAUAAUAAAGAAUCACUGCACUCCGCCGGAGGAGGAGUGCCCGAAUUGUGCCCAAUGUCCUGCUGAGAAUUAUCGCCAAAUACAAAGUCGGUACGGAGCCAACUGUUCAGAUCUUUUCGUGGAUUGUCAGCUUUCUGGAAGGAAAUUUGACUGCUGUCGGUAUUUUUUGCCCAUGAUCACUCCCUACGGAAGCUGUUUUAUGCUCAACUCACUGCAAAACAAUGAGCCUGGAUCCAAGCAUUGGCUGCCCACCGAACUGGAUCCCGCCACCGAAAAGGCUCUGCUCCAGGUGAUAACGAGUUUGCCGGUGCAGGUGAGUCUGCUGAACGCCGAGGAUAUUCCUCACACAGCUCUGCAGCCGGUGGGAGUUUCUGUCACGGACCCGGGACAGGGUAAGUAUCUGCAAUUCCAUCGGGAAACCAUGGAGAAUGAUCCGGAUGUGCAUGAGAUCGAUCCGAAGCUGCGUAGCUGCCGCUUCCCCGAGGAGAAUCUGCCGUCGAGCGUUUACAAGGCCUAUAGCUUCAGUACCUGUCUCAGCGAUUGCACGAGGAAUUUUCAGAUGGCCAAGUGCGGUUGCACGCCGUACUUUAUGAAUCCCCUGGCCGAUCCGCGAUAUCCGGACUGUGGCCUGGAGGGUCUCCUCUGCUUGGAGCUCAAUAUGGUGGCUAAGCCCGAUGCCAAGUUGCUGAUGAAUAACAACAAGGGCUUCAACGAUAGCUGUGGCUGCCUGCCAUCCUGCAAUGAUGGCGAUAUUCAAGCCAUUUACGAGGCUAUUUCCACGUUCGAAAAGGGAGCUACAGUGCGCAAUAUUACCCUCUCGAUGCCCGCUCUGCCCACGGAUCAGUACCGGCGACAGGCGCUCCGCACGAGGCUGGAUACGGUGGUGUCCGUGGGCGGGAUGCUGGGCCUCUUCCUGGGAGCCAGCAUUCUCAGUGGCAUUGAGUUUAUCUAUUUUUUCACAGUACGAGCCAUCAACAAUGCCAGGAGGAAGCGCUCAGCUCGUCCGUAA